AUGAUGCUUUCAAGGGCCAAACCUGCUGUAGGCGGGGACGUCCAGCACACUGACAAAAGAAAGAAGAAAGGUAGGAAGAUUCCAAAACUAGAGGAGCUCCUUUCACAAAGAGAUUUCACUGGAGCUAUUACCCUGUUGGAGUUCAAACGUCAUGUUGGGGAACAAGAAGAGGAUACUAAUUUGUGGAUUGGAUAUUGUGCCUUUCACCUGGGUGACUACAAGAGAGCUCUGGAGGAAUAUGAAAAUGCUACAGAAGAGGAAAAUUGUAAUUCUGAAGUCUGGGUGAACCUAGCUUGCACCUACUUCUUUCUUGGGAUGUGUAAACAAGCCGAAGCAGCUGGAUUUAAAGCUUCGAAAAGCCGACUCCAAAACCGCCUCCUCUUCCACUUGGCUCACAAGUUUAAUAAUGAGAAAAAGUUGAUGAGCUUUCAUCAGAAUCUUCAGGAUGUCACAGAAGAUCAACUCAGUUUGGCCUCAAUCCACUAUAUGCGAUCUCACUACCGAGAAGCUGUUGAUAUAUAUAAGCGAAUACUGCUAGAUAACAGGGAAUACCUUGCCCUCAAUGUUUAUGUGGCCCUCUGCUACUAUAAAUUGGAUUACUAUGAUGUGUCUCAAGAAGUUUUGGCUGUUUACCUUCAGCAAAUUCCUGAUAGUACCAUCGCACUCAAUCUUAAAGCCUGUAAUCAUUUUCGCCUUUACAACGGCAAAGCAGCUGAGGCAGAACUCAAAAGCUUGAUGGACAAUGCUUCUUCAUCCUUCGAAUUUGCUAAAGAACUCAUCAGGCACAAUCUGGUUGUUUUCUGAGGAGGUGAAGGGGCUUUGCAGGCUUUACCUCCCCUGGUUGAUGUCAUUCCUGAAGCUAGGCUAAACUCGGUGAUUUACUACCUUCGUCAAGAUGAUGUACAAGAAGCUUAUAUUAAGGAUCUGGAACCUACUACUCCUCAGGAGUAUAUUCUCAAAGGAGUGGUCAAUGCAGCCCUUGGCCAGGAGACAGGUUCAAGGGAUCAUGUGAAAAUUGCCCAGCAGUUCUUCCAGUUGGUGGGAGGAUCAGCUAGCGAAUGUGAUAUAAUACCAGGAAGGCAGUGCAUGGCUUCCUGUUUCUUCCUGCUUAAGCAAUUUGAUGAUGUCUUGAUUUACCUCAACUCAUUUAAGAGUUACUGCUAUGAUGAUGAUAUCUUUAACUUUAAUUAUGCCCAAGCCAAAGCUGCAACAGGCAAUACCAGUGAGGCUGAAGAGGUGUUCCUCUUGAUCCGUGAGAAGAUGAAAAAUGAUUACAUUUACCUCAGCUGGUUAGCUCGGUGCUAUAUUAUGAAUAAGAAACCAAGACUAGCCUGGGAACUUUAUCUCAAGAUGGAAACCUCUGGCGAGUCCUUUAGUCUCUUACAGCUCAUUGCUAAUGACUGCUACAAGAUGGGCCAGUUUUACUAUUCUGCCAAAGCUUUUGACGUCCUCGAGAGGCUGGAUCCCAACCCUCAAUAUUGGGAAGGCAAAAGGGGUGCCUGUGUGGGCAUUUUCCAGAUGAUCUUAGCUGGGAGAGAACCCAAAGAGACCCUUCGAGAAGUGGUCCAUUUACUGAGAAGCACAGGUAACACCCAAGUAGAGUACAUCAUCCGGAUUAUGAAGAAAUGGGCCAAGGAAAACAGAGUACCCAUCUAAGAUAGCCCCAGCAUCCUAGGAACCAGCUUCCACUUUGACAUAAAGCUGGAAAUUAUUUUCACUCAGGUUUAAUCUGUGAUAUAGGGCUCUGUUUUAUUGACAUUUUCCCUCCUUGCUUUUUAAGCCUCAAGGUCAGUAACUGACUUGCUGAGACCUAGUCUCCUGGCUGAGCAGAGUACCAUAGUCUGUGACCGUGUAUGAUCCUUCUAGCAAUAAGACUUUGGAU